AUGGAAGAAAAGUCCGUGGAUAAAAAAACGAUAAUAGAUAUUCCGGAAAAUCCUUUGCGAACUAUCACAAUUGAAGAGUUGUAUGAAGGUGAUAAAUAUGAUUUCGCACACAUGGAAGAAAAAGAUGUAUUUAGUUUACUCGAGUCAUCACGAAAUGGUUUAACUGAUGAUCAAGUCAAGGAACGAAUUGAAAAGUUUGGAACGAAUCGAAUUGAACGGAAGAGGAGAAAUCCAAUCUUAAAGUUUUUGUCAUACAUGUGGAAUCCAUCCGCUUGGGUGAUGGAGAUCGCUGCUAUUGUUUCAAUCGCUUUGUCGAACGGUGGAGGAAAACCUCCAAAUUGGCAAGAUUUCGUGGGAAUCAUGUUACUUCUGUUUGUUAAUGCAACGGUUAGUUUUAUCGAAGAACGAAAUGCUGGAAAUGCCGUCAAAGCACUACAAGCGUCGUUAGCACCAGAGGCCAAAACGAAACGCAAUGGGCACUGGAAAGUGAUUGACGCAGCUGACCUUGUUCCAGGAGAUAUAAUUAGCCUGAAACUAGGUGAUGUCGUACCAGGUGACGGACGAGUUAUCGCUGUGCACGGGCAACUUCUGAUGGAUCAAUCGGCGUUAACUGGCGAGUCGCUUCCUGUGAAAAAACAAGUCGGCGAUGAAAUUCUAUCGGGCGCAGUUUGUAAACUAGGAGAAGCUGAGGCUAUUGUAAUCGGUACUGGAAAACAUUCGUUCAUGGGAAAAACUAUUGGCUUAGUUGGUGACAGCAACGAUACCGCGCAUUUACAAAUUAUUAUGGGUCGUAUUGGAUUGUUUUGCAUCGGUUGGAUCGUUGUAUUUUUAAUUGCACAAAUAAUCGUUAUGUAUGCUGUUUUCCGCUAUGACUAUCGCCGUGGUAUGAACAACUUAAUAGUAACUCUCGUUGGUGGCAUUCCAACAGCGAUGUCAACAGUUAUGACGGUAACAUUAGCACUCGGUGCAAGACAAUUGUCAAACCAAAAAGCGAUAGUUACACACGUAUCGGCUAUUGAAGAACUUGCUGGUGUAUCGAUUUUAUGCUCGGACAAGACAGGAACGUUGACAUUAAAUAAACUUGUUAUUGAUAGGAACAAUUUAAAACAGUACGCCGAUGUUGAACCUGACGAGAUCAUUCAUUGUGCUGCCAUAGCAUCACGUACUGAACACCAAGAUGCAAUUGAUUCUUGUAUCACCGAAGCAUAUGGUGAUACAAAGCUAAUACGUGAAGGAAUUGAAGAAUUACACUUCAAACCAUUUAAUCCAACGGAUAAACGCACGGAGAUCACUUACAGAAUUAUCAACGACGGAACAGUACAUCGUAUAUCUAAAGGAAUGCCUCGUAUAAUCGCAGAAUUGUGCACACGUGAUAACACGAGUGAACUUAUACAGCAAUUACAGCUUGACGUCGAUGAAUUUGCUGAGCGAGGCUUACGAUCAUUGGCUGUGGCUAUUGAAGAUGUUCCAAGUGGAACUGUAAACGGAAAAGGAAAUGGCUUUAAACUAAUUGGUCUUCUACCGAUAUAUGAUCCGCCACGUAGCGAUACAAAAGAAACGAUCGCGCGUGCGAUUGAACUAGGCAUUAAAGUUAAAAUGGUAACUGGUGAUCAAUUAGCGAUUGCCAAAGAGACAGGACGCCGUCUCGCUAUAGGUGAUAAUAUGUUUCGCUCAACAAUUUUCAAAGACGGUCCACCGGCCAAUUCGGGUUAUCAAGAUAUUGAUGAUUUAGUGUUACAUGCGGAUGGUUUUGCUGGUGUGUAUCCCGAACAUAAAUAUGAAAUUGUGAAAAGAUUACAAAAUAUGGGUCAUAUGAUUGCUAUGACUGGUGAUGGUGUGAACGAUGCACCUGCACUCAAGAAAGCAAAUGUUGGCAUUGCUGUUGCUGAUGCAUCGGAUGCUGCACGUUCAGCAGCUGAUAUCGUUUUAACUGAACCUGGUUUAUCAGUUGUGAUCGAAGCUAUUAUUAGUGCAAGAAAAAUCUUUCAGUCUAUGCGGAACUAUUCGGUGUACACAUCGUCUAUGACAGUUCGGCUACUAGUUGGUUAUACAAUCCUUCUAUUCGCUUUUGAAUUUGAUUUUCCAUCAUUCAUGUUACUCAUUCUGACUCUUCUCAAUAAUGCGACGAUGAUGACCAUUUCAAAAGAUCGUGUCGAAGCAUCACCGUAUCCCACCAAAUGGUUAUUAUCAGAUGUGUUCGUACAUGCCACUGUUUACGGAAUAUAUUCAGCACUAUCGACUGUUUCAUUCUUUAUCAUAAUUAUAAAAACCUCAUUUUUUCAAGACAAAUUUGGUGUGGAUAAAAUACAAUAUCAUCCGAAACAUGGCUCUCCGUCUGGCUGGAACGAUCCAAUAUUAAAUUCGAUAAUCUAUUUGCAAUCGUCGAUUAUGAGCCAUGCUCUAAUAUUUAUCGCACGCUCUCGAAGUUUCUUUUUUCUUGAGCGUCCAUCAUUUCUCUUAGUUUUUGCUUUCGCAAUAGCACAAAUUAUUGCAACACUUAUUGCAGUUUAUGCUAAUUGGCAAUUUGCAAAUGUCGGAGGCUGCGGUUGGACCUGGGCGGGAAUUGUUUGGGUUUGGAAUCUUAUUUGGUUUUUUCCAUUCGAUUUAAUAAAAUUCGCUCUGGCUGCUUAUUUUGAUCCAAGAAAGAGACAAGUUGUUGAAGAAAGCUUACAAUCUCAACCAUCGACACGUAAACAGCGUAUACAUCGUCGAAAUAUGAUAGCAGCCGAGAAAGAAUCCAGCUGUUCACCAAAACGACCCUCGUCUGUAAGCAGUAACGACAGAAAUAGUCCAAUAGAAGACUCAAUUGUUGAGGCAGCGGCAAAAUAUUUUGCACCAGAUAUAUGUGAAUUAUCGACACCGCAGUAUACUCAUCGUCGUUUUGCUGAAAGACUUGCUGGCGCCAACAAUAAUUUGUGUCGAGUGCCAACUGAUGCUGAAGAUCUCAAACGAUUUGCAAUAGUUCAGACUCAUUACGCUGCCAAAUUGUUGAAGACACAAUCAACACAAACGGAAAGUCAAAAAACGUCAGGACAAAGUGAUAAAAUUUGA